ACUGGCCAAGACAAACUUGUGGGGAGUAUUUACUCCUCAGCAGCACGUCAUUCCCUGUUGUCCAUACAAUUGCACCAGAGUGGAUUUUGCUUCAGCUGUUGACGGAGAACAGUAAAUAAUUAUGGACAACACAAACAAAUAUUUACUGAACUAUAAAGGCCAUAAUUUUGUAUCUGCUGUUGUUAAUGAUAGUGACUUUCUAGAAAAUAUAGAGGAUUUUGAAAUCAGAGAUGAUGAUGUCUUCAUAAUUACAUAUCCAAAAUCCGGUACCAUCUGGACUCAGCAGAUAUUGAGUUUGAUUUAUUCUGAGGGACAUCGUAAUGGAACUGAAAAUUUGAAAACGAUUGACAUAGUCCCCUUCUUUGAAUACAAUGUACACAAAGUUGACUUUCUCAAGAGACCAUCCCCUCGCCUCUUCGCAUCUCACCUCACCUACAAUUUAGUACCCAAGGGUCUCAUGAGCAAAAAAGCUAAAAUUAUUUACGUCUACAGAAACCCCAAGGAUGUUUUGACUUCAUACUUUCAUUUUUCAAAUAUGGUGGUUAUAUUUGAAACUAUGAAUAGCAUAGAGGAACUCUUGGAAAAGUUUCUAGAUGGAAAAGUGGUGGGAGGCCUUUGGUUUGAUCACGUCAGAGGCUGGUACGAGCACAGACAUGACUUCAAUAUUCUGUUCAUGAUGUACGAGGAAAUGAAAAAGGAUCUCAGAAGUUCUGUGCUUAAAAUCAGCAGUUUUCUUGAGAAAGAACUGAGUGAAGAGGAUGUGGAAACCAUUGUGAAACAAGCUACAUUUGAGAACAUGAAGUAUGAUCCAAGAGCAAAUUCUGAUGAUAUUAUAAUCAAUGACCUUGGGAGAGAAACAGAUGAGAGACAUUUUCUGCGCAAAGGGACCAUUGGAGACUGGAAAUGUCACUUGACAGUGGAGCAAAAUGAGAGAUUUGACAAAGUAUUCCAAAGGAAGAUGCGAGAUGUUCCCUUGAAGUUCGUCUGGGAUCUAAAUGAGGGGUAGAAUCAGUGUAAAAGAAUUAUAAGCCCUGGCUGGCAUAGCUCAGUGGAUUGAGCACAGGCUGUGAACCAAAGUGUCGGAGGUUCGAUUCCCAGUCAGGGUACAUGCCUGGGUUGCAGGCCACAGCCCCCAGCAACCACACAUUGAUGUUUCUCUCUCCCUCUACCUCCCUCCCUUCCCUCUCUGAAAAUAAAUAAAUAGAAUCUUUAAAAAAAAAGAAUUAUAAAAUAGUCUACUAACCAGGAAGCCUAUUUUAAUAGACAUGUUCAUUUAUACUUCUUAUGCAAAUGUUAAUUAUACAACUUUAUUGAUAAAAAAUGAGUAAACUGUGUUUAGAUUAGUUGUUAUGAGCUUGAUAAACACUUUGAAAUUUCAAGAAUUAAAAUGAUUUAGGAGAUAGCCUGCAUUAACAGCCUGUAUUGUAAAGUGAAAAACAGGAAGUAUAUAAUGUAAAUUAUAAAUGUUCUGAGGGAGCUUUCUGCAGUGUGUACUUUUUAAUCUACAAUUAAACUUAGUAUCAAAGAAAUCUUAAAAUUUAUUUUAUUAUUGCAAUUAAAGAUGAAUUCUUUUAUUUAAAAUCACUGUGAAUGUCAAAAUAAGUAGAGAACUCACAGGCAAGCACAUGCCUCUAUUUAAUAAUUCACCAGAUCACUAAAAUUUACACUGAAGGUCAGAGGAUCAAAGAUGAAUUAAUCAUUUAAUGGUUCAAUCAUUCAACUAUAUGGAUAAAAAAUUGUAUUCAUAACAUCACUAAUUCCACAUGUAUUUAACAGUUAAAUAUUUAAAAUAAAAUCAUUUUGAAUUACUAGAAAAA